AUGGGUGGUACACUAAAACACCCCGUGGCACUUGGCCAAGUAGGCAGCGCAAGCGCUCAAGGGUCGCGCCCGUCCCAGCAGGACCGCUACAUCGCGCUGACCCCAGAGAAACUACCCAGCCAUGUCGGAAAAGACGUGGCGCUAUUCGCCGUAUUCGACGGCCACGGUUCUGAAAUCGUCGCCGAACACGCAUCAAAACACAUCCCGCCAUCCAUUCUGGACGCGCCCGCUUUCCGCGAAGGCGACUACGAGCGGGCGAUGCAGUCGGCGAUUGAUCAGGAGGAGAAAGUCCUCUUGGAAGAGUUUCGGCGCGGCGAGGCGCGGUUCGCGACUGUGGGGUCGACGGUGACGAUUGUGCUGGUGGAUUUGGACAAGGGGGAGGUGGUUGUUGGGAAUCUGGGGGAUUCGCAUGCGAUUUUGGCGGAGAUGGAGGGGGGGAGUGGGGAGCUGGGGAGUGUGACGCGUUUGACGGAAUCGCACAAACCAGAGAGUCCGGACGAGAAGAAGCGGAUUGAGGAUGCUGGUGGGACGGUCCAUGAGCAGAAGAAUGUGGCCAGGAUAGGCGCCCUCAACAUGUCCCGAGCAAUCGGAGACCUGGAAUACAAGAACCCGGUAAACAAGAUGGAGUCCGGCUCAUUAACAGAGGAACAACAAAUCGCAGUAUACGGACAGGACAAACCAGCACAGGAAAGAGACAGCUUCCUGUCCAUCGAAAUGUCGUUCAAGCGAGUGGAGCUAGAGAAAGAGAAACAAUAUGUCCUGGCGUUGACGUCUGACGGGGUUACGAACUAUACAGAGGACAAGGCUAUCAUGGGCACUGUCUCGCAGCAGUUGAAAGCGGGGUUCAAGGCUGAAGAGAUUGCAAAGCAUUUGGUUGAUGAGGCGGCGUCGAGGCCUUGCAGUGAUAAUGCGACGUGUAUUUUGGUUUUGCUGAAUGGUUCUCAGGUUCAACAGACUGGAAGAGGGGAGUCGGGGACAGCUGGUCCUGCGGAUGGGAAUGGAGACGGGGGAGUAGGACUAGAUAUUUGA